AUGUUAAUGCUCGCCAAAGAAAAGCAAAAAAUUGAUGUAAUGAUACUCAAUGUUUAUUCAUCGAACCUUCUUUCUUUUGACCUCUUAGCUCAAGCUGUGGCUUUGGAUAUAAUUUCACUCGUUGUAUGUGAUGAAUUUGAUGAACUCGUAGCAAAGAAGACUUUGGAAAAGGGAGCAUAUCUUUACCUUAAGAAGCCAUUUGACGAGAAUUUUGUGAAAUACUUGUGGCAAUUCGUAUUGAGGAAAAGAAUAGAAAAGGACAAAGCGAAAGAAGGAUCGAAAAUACAUAGAGAUCAGAUGAAGAUUGCUGAUAUUAGUGAUAAUGAUAUGGUUGGAGAAAAUGAAGUACAAUUCGAAAAGAAGAAAGAUGUGUCUAAUAGUGAGGUUGUUAGGCGAAAGGACUACACAGAAUGGACUGACGAUCUUCAUUCCAAAUUUAUGGAAGCUGUAAAACAACUUGGGGAAGGACGAUGUUAUCCCAAGGUGAUCCUUUAUGUGAUGAAUUCGCCUGGCCUUACUAGGAUGCAAGUUGCCAGCCACCUUCAGAAAUGUCGUCGCAACAAUUGGAGAUCUCCAAAAGAGCGAAAACAUAUUCGUCGCCCAUCAGGCCAAGGAUCCUCAAGUGUUUCUCAUGAACCAAAAAGUAGCUUUCGAAAAUUUGGGACAAUGCCUUAUCUUCAAGAAAAUGUACCAAAUCAAAUCCAAAGAGGCCCAGAGUUUCCAUUGCCAACUCUGAAUAUCAAUAAUAUCUUUGCUCAAGGAGAGAGUUCAAUUCAACAACUCUACCGCCCACAACUUCAGGUUCAACCCCAUUACCUCGGCAUUGGCAAUCCAUUUUCAUCUGCUCAAAAUAAUAUUGGUGGUGAGCUAAAACAACAACAUACUCCAUUUUUUGGAAUGUUGGAUUCACAAGAACUACAAGACCCAAUUAUGAGAAACACUCAUUAUAGGCCUAAUUCAGUGCUUAACAGUGAGGAUCAUCAUUCUGAAAAAGAUUAUAACUUUGCUCUCAAUGUGACCAAAGGAGCAACAUAUUCAUGUAGCAGAAUAGUGUCUGAUACAGACAUUGGAAAUACAACCAUGAAUGACUACAACUUGAAUGUAAAUGUUAACAAUGUGACAACAUAUUCAAGUACCUCAAUGAUGCCUAAUACUUAUGUUGGGAAUGUUAUUAUUAAUGAAUUGAGAGCAACAAAUGCGAAUGCAAAUUUCCAGCAAUAUGCUCGUGAACAAAACAUGUCUGAUCCAAGAAAUAUUGUGGAUUAUCUUUUUCAAAAUCUUGGACCUUCGGGUGCUAACCUACCUAAUGAACAAGAUAGUGACUUUGAUCAAGUUUACUCUGAUGAUCAGAAUCUUGGACCUUCGGGUGCUAACCUACCUAAUGAACAAGGUAGUGACUUUGAUCAAGUUUACUCUGAUGAUCAGAAUCUUGGACCUCCGGGUGCUAACCUACCUAAUGAACAAGGUAGUGAGUUUGAUCAAGUUUACUCUGAUGAUUAG